GAAACCCCAGCAACUGCCCCACAGAUUAUCACCCAGUGUGUGGUUCUAAUGGAAAGACUUAUCCAAAUGCAUGCAUGGCCAGGUGCGCUGGUGUCUCUAAUAUAAUUGCCGACACAGUGUGUGGUGACGUGGACGCAUGCUCACAGAGGCCUUGCCCUGCUGGUUUUAAAUGUGUGCCCCAUCAUCACGUCUGCUUGAAUGACUUGCCAGGAAGUCAUUCUUGCCCACAGUAUCAGUGUGUUGACGAGGGCUGCACCGCACAUGGCCAUGACCCAGUCUGCAGCAGCUCCGGGGAGGAAUUUUCAAAUAUUUGCCAGAUGUUUAGUCACAGAAGAACUCUGGGAUAUUGGGGACAUUGCCAGAGUUCUUGUUCCGACACAGCCGCUGUUUGUGGGCAUGACGGGGAGACGUAUAAAAGCAAAUGUGCAGCUUUGGCAGCCAGGGUCAGCGUGGAUUAUUUCGGCAAAUGUCAGGCCUUUGGAAAUCUCACAA